AAUCGCUGUCUCCUCCUUUUGCAUCUAUGAGCAAGCCUCUAGAGUCCAAUGCGGUUGUUCAGCUUGUUGAGGAAGUUGCAGCCGGAGAUGAUUCACAGAUCGAGUGGAGGGAUGUCGAGGAAGCUGUUGGUGAUGAAACUGAUGGCCAAGGAGGUGAGUUGAAGUCUAGCGGUGUUCUUACAAUUAAGCUUGUCAAGAAAGAGGAAACCCAGGGAGAGUUGGAGAGCGCAGGUAUCUCCCUUGAGAGGCUUGAGUCCACAAAGGAGUCGUGCAAUGGAGAGAGUGAGAGCUUGCACAUGGCGAAUUCAGCAGAGACGCCACCUCAGGGUCCGAUGACUCCAAGAGUGGCGAGACGGACUUCAUGGAUGAAUUGCUGUGGAUUGCUCGAAGUCAUAACUGGGUCCAGGACAUAAUUUUCG